AUGGCUUCCUACGUCAAGGAUUUCGUUGAAGGGUUAGCAACGGAUUAUGCUACAGAUAAAUGGAAUGAUUACGCAGGUGAAAAGUUGCAGCCAACGAAAGACCCUUAUUACACUGAGCUGCCAGACGGCUCACGUAAAAGACGCAAGCUGCCGGACUAUUGCUCGACUAAAGAAAAGAAAAUUUGGAAAAAGCUGCAAAAUCGUGCUUGGAAAGACGACCGAUGCCUGUGUGGGUGCCUGUGGGUGAAUUGGGGACUGGGGCUUGCCCCAAUCCUUUCAAUACUCCCUACUAUUGGCCCUAUCAUCAUGUACAUGGUGCACUCGAAAUUGAUCUCGAUGGCCGAUAAAGAGCUUAACUUACCUCCCGAACUGCUUGUUAAACUUCAUGGAAAUAUCGUGUUGGAUCUUUUGAUCUCACUUCCUCCUAUCCUGGGUACAUUUUUAGCAUGGAUGAAUGCAUGCUCGACUAGAAAUUGCGCGUUGAUUUAUAAUUACAUGGUAAAGCGAGCUUCUCAAAAAUACGCGGCAGAGCAGCAGAGGUCGGGAUCUGCCAACCAGAACCCAUUACCAGUACCGCAAACCGCAGUACGUCCCCAGAAUCAGCAGAAUGCUAGAUUACAGCAUCAGCAACCGACGAAUGCGCAACAGUCACGGCAAAAGGGUCAAGCAUACACACCACCCAAUCAAUUUGCGACAUCCGCGCAGUUUAAUGACACAAAGUAUAAUAAAGCGUUACCGCCCCGGCCUCCGCCACCACGUACUAAGUAG